UUUAUGCUCCAUGUAUAUAAGUCACAACUUUGGUGAGAGGUGAAUCUACAUCGAUCUUAACCAAGUUGCUGUUAACAUGUUUGUGUGUUGUCUUCUGUCCAAAAAAGGUGAUCCAUGACCAUGGUCAAACAUAGACCUUCUUCAUCUGUGCUUUUGUUCUUGUUCAUCGUAUUUAUAUUUAUGUCGUCUCUCAAUCGCGUUUCUGGAGAAGACCCUAUUGAUAUUUACUGUCCCACUGAAUUCCCACUGUACAACCUCAAUAGUUCAUUCCACGACAACCUCAACCUUGUUCUGGGGUUGCUUUCCUCCGACAACGCUUCAAAGGCUGGUUUCUAUAACACUUCUAUAGGAGAAGAGCCAAACAAAGUGUACGGACAAUCACUGUGCAGAGGGGACAUCAGCAACUCCACUGUUUGCAAAGAAUGCAUUGAGAAAGCAAGCCAAGAUAUAAUGAAUAGUUGCAGGAGUGAAAAUGCAAUGAUAUGGUAUAACCUUUGCCAAGUACGCUACUCCUUCCAGAGCUUUGAUGUGGUGGCUUACACCGGAAAGUAUCCGAAGCAGAAUGAUGAGGAGAAGAAUGUCUCUGAUCCUAUUCGGUUCAGGGAAUACUUGAGUUUUCUAAUGAACAAUCUCUCAACCGAGGCUGCUUCUGUGAAGAACAUGUUUGCGGCUGGUGAAAUUGACUAUCCUGGGAAGAAGACAAUUUAUGGGUUGGUCCAAUGUACGAGGGACAUGUCCCUCGAAAACUGUGGCAGUUGUUUGAGUUCCGCCUUCACGGAAAUCACUGCAUGCUGCUCCUACAGAGAAGGUGGGAUUAUUCUUAGUCGUACUUGCAAUAUGAGGUUCCAAAUGUCUCAGUUCUUCAAUGCUUCUUCUGCAUAUCUGUUGGUUUACCCAACUUCCACAGGAGGGAAAUGGAAGUCCUGGAUGUUUGUGCUGAUUAUAUGUGGGUCGAUUUUUGUAUUGGCACUUGUUGUUGGGUUGGGCAUUGCAUGCUUACGAGGAAAGAACAAUAGAGACAGAGAUAAAGAAAUGAGUGAACGAACGCUAUUACAAGAGUUGACCACCCCUAAGCAUGUGGCUGUCACAGAAGAAGGUGACUUGAUUAGUUCGGAUGAAAUGUUGUUCAUGACUUUAGCUUCCAUCAGGGUUGCUACUGAUGAGUUUUCUGAUACAAAUAAGCUGGGACAAGGAGGGUUUGGUGCAGUGUACAAGGGUGUUCUGCCAGAUGGUAAUGAAGUAGCAGUUAAAAGAUUGUCGAGAAAAUCUUGGCAAGGCAUAGAGGAAUUUAAAAAUGAAGUUGUGUUGAUUGCCAAACUUCAACACAAGAAUUUGGUGAGGCUGUUAGGUUGUGCCUUGGAGGGAGAAGAAAAGUUACUCAUAUAUGAAUUCAUGUCAAACAAAAGCCUUGAUCAACUUAUCUUUGAUCCAGAAAAACGUUCAAAACUUGAUUGGAAGACAUACAAUGGUAUUAUCAAUGGCAUAGCGAGAGGACUACUUUAUCUCCACGAGGAGUCUCGCCUUAAAAUCAUUCACAGAGACUUAAAACCCAACAAUGUGUUGUUAGACUACGAUCUGUCGGCUAAAAUAUCAGAUUUUGGUAUGGCCAGGAUAUUUUCUGAGAAUCAGAAUGCAGCAAACACCAAAAGAGUCGUGGGAACAUACUUCGUCGACUUGAACACUUGCAAAGCACAGGACCAGAACGACGGCCCUGUCUAUCUGUACCAUAACUGUUCAGGCGGCAAUACCACCGCCAACAGUGCCUACCGACUAAACGUCGGCACCCUCUUCAGUUCCCUGUCUUCAAACUCCACAGAAUACUCAAACGACACCGUCGGAACAUCCUCCUCCGACAGGGUGUACGGACUGUUCAUGUGCAGGGGAGACGUUCCCACAGCGCUGUGUCGACAGUGCGUGUUGAACGCAACGCGACGUCUCAGCUCAGAGUGCUCUCUGGCCAAACAGGCGGUGAUAUGGUACGACGAGUGCACUGUUCGCUACUCCAACCGCUCUUUCUUCUCCACGGUGGACGUUCGGCCGCGUGUCGGACUCCUCAACAGUGCCAACAUAUCCAACCAAGAAAGCUUCAUGAGACUACUUUUCUCAACCAUUAACAGUACCGCGGAUGAGGCUGCCAAUUUUUCCAUUGGUGUGAAGAAAUACGCGACGAGGCAGGCCAACAUUUCUGGGUUUCAGUCACUGUACUGUUUGGCUCAGUGCACACCCGAUCUGUCCCCGCAAGACUGCAGAAGGUGUCUCAGUGGUGUGAUCGGAGACCUUCCUUGGUGCUGUCAGGGAAAGCAGGGAGGAAGGGUUCUCUAUCCUAGCUGCAACGUUAGGUACGAACUCUACCCUUUCUACCGCCAAGUCACACCCGCGCCUUCACCCUCACCGCUCCUACUUCCUCCUCCAGCUUCCGCUAAUUCCCAAGGAGGCGGUGGUAUCUCAACUGGGACCAUUGUUGCGAUUGUGGUUCCAAUUACGGUCGCGGUGCUUCUAUUUAUAGUGGGAAUUUGUUUCUUGAGUAGAAGAGCUAGAAAGAAGCAGAGUUCUGUAAAGGAAGGAAAAAAUGUAGAUGACAUCACCACUGUGGAAUCCUUGCAAUUCGGUUUUGGCACGAUCGAAGCGGCCACAAACAAUUUCUCUGCGGAAAACAAGCUAGGGGAGGGUGGAUUUGGUGAGGUUUUCAAGGGCACUCUUCCGAGUGGACAAGAAAUAGCUGUCAAGAGACUCUCCAAAAGCUCUGGGCAAGGUGGAGAAGAAUUUAAGAAUGAAGUGGUGGUGGUUGCCAAGCUCCAACAUAGAAAUUUAGUGACGCUUCUCGGGUUUUGCUUGCAAGGAGAAGAGAAGAUUCUUGUAUAUGAAUAUAUUCCCAACAAAAGUCUCGACUACACUCUCUUCGACCCUGAAAAGCAAAGGGAGUUGGAUUGGAGGAGACGAUACAAGAUUAUUGAAGGGACUGCUCGAGGCAUUCAAUAUCUUCAUGAAGAUUCUAGGCUUAGAAUUAUACAUCGAGAUCUUAAAGCAAGUAACAUAUUGUUAGACAGGGAUUUGAAUCCAAAAAUCUCAGAUUUUGGCAUGGCAAGAAUAUUUGGAGUUGAUCAAACUCAAGGAAACACGGACAGAAUUGUAGGGACCUAUGGUUAUAUGGCUCCAGAAUAUGCAAUGCAUGGAGAGUUCUCUGUUAAGUCUGACGUGUACAGUUUUGGAGUCCUCCUCAUGGAGAUUAUAAGCGGCAAAAAGAACAGCUCUUUCUAUCAAACAGAUGGUGCUGAGGAUCUCUUGAGCUAUGCGUGGCUACUUUGGAAAGAUGGAACACCUUUGGAACUGAUGGAUCCCAUAUUAAGAGAAUCCUACAAUCAGAAUGAAAUCAUCAAAAGCAUUCAUAUUGGUCUUCUGUGUGUCCAAGAAGAUCCAGAAGACAGACCUACAAUGGCAACAAUAGUUCUUAUGCUAGAUAGUAACACUGUUACUCUACCAACUCCUAAGCGGCCUGCAUUUUUCAUCCACAGUGGAACUGAUACAAACAUGCCAAAAGAGCAGCAAUUUGGUCAGUCUAUAACAAAAUCAUUACCGGUGUCUAUCAAUGAUGCUUCCAUUAGCGAAAUGGAUCCUAGAUAAGCUUCAUUACUUGGAGAAUAUGUGUAAAAUGUAUCAUUAUAUCCAUACACCUACUUAUUUGUCGUAGUUUCGCAUUACUGCAUUUGGAAAUCUUGAAAAUUAAAAAAUGUUUAAGUAAAAUGGAUUUCGACA